GCUUCCGGUUGGGCGGUGCUUGCACGCGUGAGCUGAGCGGGUGGGUGUACGGCGGCCUCGGCGGCCGGUCCUGUGGGGGCUACGAGGAAAGAUCUGGCUAUCAUGGACCUGCGACAGUUUCUUAUGUGCCUGUCCCUGUGCACAGCUUUGGCCUUGAGCAAGCCCACGGAAAAGAAGGACCGUGUGCAUCAUGAGCCUCAGCUCAGCGACAAGGUUCACAAUGAUGCUCAGAGUUUUGAUUAUGACCAUGAUGCCUUCUUGGGUGCUGAAGAAGCAAAGACCUUUGAUCAGCUGACACCAGAAGAGAGCAAGGAAAGGCUUGGAAAGAUUGUAAGUAAAAUAGAUGGCGACAAGGACGGGUUUGUCACUGUGGAUGAGCUCAAAGACUGGAUUAAAUUUGCACAAAAGCGCUGGAUUUACGAGGAUGUAGAGCGACAGUGGAAGGGGCAUGACCUCAAUGAGGACGGCCUCGUUUCCUGGGAGGAGUAUAAAAAUGCCACCUACGGCUACGUUUUAGAUGAUCCAGACCCUGAUGAUGGAUUUAACUAUAAACAGAUGAUGAUUAGAGAUGAGCGGAGGUUUAAAAUGGCAGACAAAGAUGGAGAUCUCAUUGCCACAAAGGAGGAGUUCACAGCUUUCUUGCACCCUGAGGAGUAUGAUUAUAUGAAAGAUAUCGUUGUGCAGGAAACGAUGGAGGAUAUAGAUAAGAAUGCUGAUGGUUUCAUUGAUCUGGAAGAGUAUAUUGGUGACAUGUAUAGCCAUGAUGGGAAUGCUGAUGAGCCAGAAUGGGUAAAGACAGAGCGAGAACAGUUUGUUGAGUUUCGAGAUAAGAACCGUGAUGGGAAGAUGGACAAAGAAGAGACCAAAGACUGGAUCCUUCCCUCAGACUACGAUCAUGCAGAGGCAGAAGCCAGACACCUGGUCUAUGAAUCAGACCAAAACAAGGAUGGCAAGCUUACCAAGGAGGAGAUUGUUGACAAGUAUGAUUUAUUUGUUGGCAGCCAGGCCACAGAUUUCGGGGAGGCCUUGGUACGGCAUGAUGAGUUCUGAGAUGCAGAGGAACCUGCAUUUCCUCAAAAGUAAUUUAUUUUUACAGCUUCUGGUUUCACAUGAAAUUGUUUGAGCUACUGAGACUGUUAUUACAAACUUUUUAAGACAUGAAAAGGCGUAAGGAAAACCAUCCCGUCCCUUUUCCUCCUCCUCUCCGAGGGACUGGAGGGAAGCCGUGCUUCUGAGGAACACCUCUACUUAGUACACUUGUGUUUGUAGGUUCACACUUUGUAUUAUGUGUAACAUGGUGUGUUUAUUUUUGUAUUUGUUCUCUAGUUGGGAGUAUGAUAUGAAGGAUCAAGAUCCUCAGCUCACACUUGCAGGCAAAUAUUAGCCCUUGACUCUUUCUCAACCCCUUAUCGUGAUUUUUGUAAUUCUCACUUAACUAAUUUUUUAAGCCUGUGAUCAGUAAAUGUUCAGGAGAGAGAAGAGGGAAAAAAAGUAUACUCCACAAUUUAUAUUUAGAGAGAUCACACCUAACCUUUCCUAUUGAAAAGUAUUAACAUUUCACAAGUAGUAGGGGCCACAUAUUAAAUUGAGUUGCUACAGGUCUAGCAACUGAUGCUGCCAUUAACUGGGCCAGGACAGAUCCCUUUGCUGUAAAAAACCUUGGCCCAAAUUGAUUUCAUUCCUUUUCCCACCCUGUAGGACUUAGCUGUUUGCUAAUUUUGUCAAGCACAGCUGUGGUGGGAAGAGUUCGGGCCAGUGUCUUGAAAAUCAAUCAAGUAGUGAGUGUGAUCUCUUUACAGAGCUAUAGAUAGAAACAGCUGGAAAACUAAAGGAAAAAUACAAGUGUUUUUUAGGGCAUACAUUUUUGGGGGGUGAGCAUCUGUUGAAAUGCUCACAACAUAAUUAUUUGCCUGGUGAAAUCAGUAAGUGCCCCAUUCGGCUCUUCUUCCCCAAGUGUGCCAAGGAAUGACUCUUGGUUUCACUACAAUUAAAAUUCACUCCUUUCCAAUCAUGUCAUUGAAAGUGCCUUUAAUGAGAGAAAUGGUCACUGAAUGGGAAUUCUCUUAAGAAAGCCUAAGAUAAAAUAAAGACUAUAGGACAACUUAUAUGAAAGCUUAGAACCUUCCAACAUAGUGAGCCUUUUUUUUCUUACCUUUCUCUUUUGGACAUUGUUAAAUUAGCAGUAUUAGUUAUGAACUUGGUUGCAGUGUUCUUAUCUUGUGGGCUGAUUUCCAAAAACCACAUGCUGCUGAAUGUACCAGGGAUCCUCAUACUUCAUGAUGCAAACCACUUACUCCCAGGCCUCUUCCUGAGUCUGCUGGAGAGCUUGAGCUCACUCAGAAAUGAGAGGACCUACGGAGAGGGCUCUUUGGUGUGAGGACCAUUGCACACCCUUCCUGCCUUUGACCUGUCACACCCCAUUCCCUCAUCUCCUCCAUCCCUGUUACCAAAAAGAAAAAAGUGUAUCAUGGGUCAACAGUUUGCCAGUCCUUAUCAGAGAGAGAUGUAGAAAGAGCUGAAGAGCACCUUCUGUUCCCAACUCCACUUUACCUGUAUUUUAUGCAACACAAAUGCUGUCCUUUUUGGUCCCUUUCUUACAGGUGGACCACUUUGGGGAAGAAUUAUUGUACUCCAAGUUUUUAGCCCUCAGGUUACCAAGAUCAAUAUAUAUAUGUAUAACCUUUAUUAUUUCCUCUUUCUGGAUGAUACAUUCAGGUGGUGCUGGGUGAUUAUUCUCAUCUGAACCUAGGGGUAUCCUUUGGUCUUCCACAGUCAUGUUGAGGUGGGCUCCCUGGGAUGUUAAAAAGCCAGAGAUCAUGUGUCUUGACCCCAGCCUUUGUAUUGAGCUCUUGAUAAUGGAUAUACUCUUUUUUUUUUUUUUUUAAGUUUAACCCCAAUAUAGGGCAAUGGAAAUUCUCUGCCCUCUGGAUUCCCUAUUUUUACUACUAAGAAGACCAGAGUUAAUUACUAAUGUCACCAACCCUGGCUGACUUAGAGUGUGAAUUGUGUGGCAAGAGUGCCUCGCACCUCACUAGGUGUGGAGAGCUCAGGCCUUGUGUUCAAGUUACACGCUUAGAAAGCAUACCUUAAUCUGCUGAGACAACUUUUGGAUGCUGGGGACCCAGCAUCUAAUCUCUAAUCUCUAAUGAGCCCCUUGGAUUAUUUUUUUGGUUUAAAUAAAGCCUGAGGCUGGUGCACAGUAGCUACACACCCAUAUCGUGUGUUCUGUGAAUGCUAGCUCUCUUCAAUUUGGAUAUUGGUUAUUUUUUAUAGAGUGUAAACCAAGUUUUAUAUUCUAAAAUGCAAACAGGUACCUAUCUGUUUCUAAAUAAAACUGUUUACAUUCA